CAGGAAGAAUUAAAUGUCAUAAUCGUCUAUUGGGAAGAAGGAGCGGCCAUGUUUUAUCCACAGGCGGCGUCUAAUACUAAAACAAUGGGACGGAGACUAGCUGAUAUGAUCGAGGCUAUGAGUGACUCGGAGGGGAUAUCGUUAAACAUGGUACAUCUGGUAGGACACGGUCUGGGAGCUCAUGUCGCAGGCUUCGCCGGUAAAAGAUUGAAUUUUCUUGGAAUUGGAGAGAGAUUGGGUAGGAUCACGGCUUUGGAUCCAUCCGGUCCAGGAUUCGCUUUAGAAGAUGACAACGAUCACUUGGAUAUGACAGACGCUGAGUUUGUGGACGUCAUACAUUCCAAUGAUGGCGAGCUGUUUCAUCUAGCCUUUGGUUAUCUAAGUGGAAGAUCUGUGGGACAUGCUGAUUUUUACCCAAAUGGGGGUAAAGUUCAACCCAACUGCCCCGAUCCUGACAUCAGAGAUUUAAUAAGCAAUAUCAAAGGUUGGUGA